AACUUUAUCUCAAUAUUUAUUUAUUUUUUAAUAUAAUUUUGUGAUAAUGUUUAUAGGUUCAUUUAUUUACCUCACUUUUUGGUUUGUUCUCAGGUGCUGCAAAAGAGCAAGUCAUAGAAAAGUCUCCAGAACAAUUAGAACUGGCUCCCUCUUUGAGAAAUCAAAAUUUUCUCUUUUCAGUUGGAUGAAGUUCAUCUACAGAUUUUCACAAGGGCUCAGGCUUGAUGAUGAUGUGGCUGGCAGCUCCAAAACAUUAAGUGCCAUGGCAAAGCGUAUUCGACAAGUCUGCUUCAGUGCAAUGGAAAGACACGGAGUAAAUAAAGGGCACUGUCUUGGUGGUCACAAAGAAUUUGUGGUUAUGGAUGAAAGCUGUCUCCGUCAUCAGCGAAAGUAUGCACGUGGACGCUUCGGAAAUGCUUGGAAAAGAAAGAAAUGGGUCUUUGGACUGAUGGGAGUGAAAGACAAAAGGCGAAGGCUCGUGUUAAAACUUGUAGAGAAACGAACAAGGCGUCACCUUGUUCCUCUGAUCAGACAGCAUGUUAAGUCAGGUAGUGCCAUUAUCAGUGAUGAGUGGAGAGCCUACAAGAAUGUCUUGACAAACAUGGGGUACAAACAUUACACAGUAAAUCACAGCAGGUGGUUUGUUGAUCCUCACUCGGGCAGUCAUACACAACAUAUUGAAAGAGCUUGGAUGACAAUUAAAGGACAUAUUCGCAGACUAAGAGGAAAUCGUACAGAGAUGUUGUUGGAGGAACAUCUUAAAGUUCUCGAAUGGUCAUCUUGGCUUGGUUCAAAACAUCCUGAUGGACCACUGGGACGCUUAUUCAAGGACAUAUGGAAAUCAUUCCCAGUUUAACCUGAAUCUCUUCUACAACAGUUUUUUUUAGGGAGGGUGUAUUUGGUGUGUUUGAUGAGUUUGGAUGUUAAAUGUGCUACACUUACAAUACAUGACCAUUUUUGACAGUAGUUAACAUGGUUUGUACAAAUAUUUUAAGCAUUUAGUGUAACUCUGAAGUUUAACAAAUUUGAACAUUUAAGACUAAUUUUUGGUAUUUAUAAAUGUUUAUUAGUCAUUAAUAAAUAAAGAUAUGUUUUAUACUUUACAAUAAGGCUCCAGUUUGUAUUUAUAAAUGUUUAUUAAUCAUUAAUAAAUAAAAACAUGUUUUACACUUUAUAAUAAGGCUCCAGUUUGUAUUUACAAAUGUUUAUUAAUCAUUAAUAAAUAAAAACAUGCUUUGCACUUCAUAAUAAGGCUCCCUUUUGUAUUUAUAAAUGUUUAUUAAUCAUUAAUAAAUAAAGACAUGUUUUACACUUUACAAUAAGGCUCCAGUUUGUAUUUAUAAAUGUUUAUUGAUCAUUAAUAAUCAUUAAUAAAUAAAGACAUGUUUUACACUUUAUAAUAAGGCUCCAGUUUGUAUUUAUAAAUGUUAAUUAAUCAUUAAUAAAUAAAGACAUGUUUUACACUUUACAAUAGCGCUCCCUUUAAUCAUUGUAAGUAUUUAUAAUGCAGUUAUAAGGUAUCUUAGGUGUGUUCUUGCUGUGUCUUUGUAAAUCCAUGCUUUCGUUCUUUUUUAAACACAGAAACAGUUUUGUUUACCUGUUUGUAGCUACGGUUUCGCCGACAGCUGCCGGCUUCUUCAGGCUGACGAUGAUGGUGGCGCGUCACUUCCUUCUCCGUUUAUCUGCGGGCAGCAGAGGACGUUGUCGCCCUCUACUGCCCGCUCUCCCCUCUCCGACGAUGCAGUCCCAUGCGUGGUCCAGCGUGUAAACUCCGUCGUCCCUGUUCAUGGUCCCACAUCCACGUCUCCUUAUCUCUAUUGCUUCCUUGAUCCAUCUUUUGUAUUUUUGUUGUUCAGUGGUUAUGAUCCGUGUGCUGUCCCAGUCCAUUAUAUGGUUUUCUCGGCUGACUUUUUUAUUGUACUUUCUGCUUCUUCUUUUGCUGCUCUUGUGUGUUUACGAUUUGCCUCUUUCUCGCACUCCUUUCUGUGUUCUAUUGUCCGUGUAUUGAGUUGGCGUCCGGUUUCUCCUAUGUAUGUUUUAUUGCAUAUUUUGCAUGGGAUUUCGUAGAUGACUCCACAUUUUUGUCCAGCUGAUAUUUUGUCUCUUGGGUGUACUAAUCUGUUUCUAACUGUUGUGUAUGGCGUAAACACACAAGAGCAGCAAAAGAAGAAGCAGAAAGUACAAUAAAAAAGUCAGCCGUAACAGAUCAUUGCUUAAGAGAAAACCAUAUAAUGGACUGGGACAGCACACGGAUCAUAACCACUGAACAACAAAAAUACAAAAGAUG